CGACGGAGGAGGAGACCGUUGCCGGAAAUUGUCGAGGAUUACCGGAGACUACCGAGUCCGGUCCAGAGCGUCCCACCUCUACCGAAGAUCCCAGCGGGACAACAUGCCUCCCAAGAAGCCUGAGCCUAAGAAGGAAGCCGCCAAGGCAGCCCCAGCCCCUUCCCCUGCCACAGCGCCAGCCCCUGCUCCAGCUCCUGAGCCCACCAAGGAACCUGCCUUUGACCCCAAGAGUGUAAAGAUAGACUUCACUGCUGACCAGAUCGAAGAGUUCAAAGAGGCCUUUUCCUUGUUUGACCGGACCCCCACUGGAGAGAUGAAGAUCACCUACGGGCAGUGUGGGGACGUGCUGCGGGCCCUGGGCCAGAACCCCACCAACGCCGAGGUGCUGCGAGUCCUGGGCAAGCCCAAGGCCGAAGAGAUGAAUGCCAAGAUGCUGGACUUUGAGACGUUCCUGCCCAUCCUGCAGCACAUCUCCCGCAACAAGGAGCAGGGCACCUACGAGGACUUCGUGGAGGGGCUGCGUGUUUUCGACAAGGAGAGCAACGGCACAGUCAUGGGCGCUGAGCUUCGCCAUGUCCUUGCCACCCUGGGAGAGAAGAUGACUGAAGCUGAAGUGGAGCAGCUGUUGGCUGGGCAAGAAGAUGCCAAUGGCUGCAUCAAUUACGAAGCCUUUGUCAAGCACAUCAUGUCUGGGUGAAGCAGGCCCCUCCAGGGUGCCAGGCCCUUGGCCUUAGCCCUCCCAGGGGGAGUUAGUGAGAGGCCCAGAGUGACUGAGCGGAGCUGGAGUCCUGGCCUUACCACUGCCCCACAGCCCGAGGACUUCAUGGGCCCACAGC